AUGGCCCAGGAGGCGCUGGACUUCUACGGCGAGGUUCGGACCAGAGAUAAGAAGGGAGUUACUAUCCCCAGCCAAAGGCGGUAUGUCCACUACUACAACUAUCUGCUGAAGAACAACCUGGACAACCAGGACAAGUACAUGAUCUUCGAGUUCCCUCAGCCUCUGCCUGUGUGUGGAGAUGUCAAGGUGGAGUUCUUCCACAAGCAAAACAAAAUGAUGAAGAAGGAGAAGAUGUUCCACUUCUGGGUGAACACGUUCUUCAUCCCUGGACCAGGGCAGAACUACGAGAAGAUGGAGAACGGGGGUCUGGUGAAGGACCUGGACGGCCUCCCGCCGGCCGAGAAGGGCGAGAACGACAGGGAGUACCUCAUCAUGCCGCUGACCAAGAACGACCUUGACAAGGCUAACAAGGACAAGGCUAACAGAUACUUCUCGCCGAACAUCAAAGUGAAGCUGUACUUCACGAAGACGGUGGAAGAGCCGUCUAACUCUGAGGACUCCUAA